AUGGACCAGACUCAUGCCAAAGCCCUAGAGGCUCUGCAGCCAUUCAUCCAUCUCGCCAACUCAACGAGUGCCACGUCCCCGCGCUUCAUCGCCAACCUCAUCACAAAUGCCACCUCCAACCCCCAGACCUAUGUCUUCGCCGAGCUGCUGGAGUCACCAACCAUCCAAUCGCUGCGGUCUCCCGACACCCCGGCCGAGUUCCAGGGCUAUCUGACGUUACUCGAGAUCUUUGCAUGGGGGACGUGGCAGGAGUAUCAAGCAACUCCGAAUCUCCCCAAACUGAGCGCCGAACAGGCCCUCAAACUCCGUCUCCUCUCGCUCCUCUCCCUCUCCGCAACAACCAAGCCCCUCACCUACUCCGCUCUAACCACCGCCCUCUCACUCCCCUCAACCGCCGACCUCGAAUCCCUCGUCACCACCGCCAUCUACGCCUCGCUAAUCACAGCGCGUCUCUCCCCCGCCACAAACCCACCCACCGUCAAUGUGACGGCCGUCGCCCCGCUGCGCGACGUGCAGCCGCAGUCCCUGCCCAAGAUGAUCUCGCUGCUGACCGAAUGGGAGACCCGCUGCGGCGAAGUCGUCGCCGAUCUUGAAGCCGAGAUCGCGAGAAUCAAGACGGAUGCCGCUAAACACCAUGCCAAGGAACAAUCCCAUCAGAUCCUGCUCGAGGAGGCGGUUCAGCGCCAGGCCGCGUCGCCUCUGGAAGAUGCCGGGGUUACAGCUGGGCCCAGGAGUCGCGGAGGGAAACCGGGGCUGAAUGCAGGGCGACGGGGUGCGGGGUCGGGAGGGAAUAAGCGGGAAGCGGACGACUUUGACGAGGACGAUGGGUUCUUUGAGGCUGGGGAUGGUGGUGCCGAGUUGGGAUCGCGCAUGGAUAUCGACGAGGGCGCCGGGUCGCGGGCGGGGAGUAGCAGCAGGCAUUCCAAGCGGGUCUUGGGGCGGAUGUCCUGA